GGUUUAAUAAUUUAAAAUUACUGCACAGAUUGCAAUUUGGGUUUUUUUUUGCAUUUUAGUUUGGACACGUCAUGAGCUGGUUAUGGUUGUGUCUGGUGCUUAACGUCGGGCACUUCUUCGAACUCAAUGCUGCUGACGGACAACGCAUUGUUGGUGGCCAGGAGACGACGAUCGGUCAGGUUCCCUACUUGGUGUACUUGCGUCAGAGUGGUAACUUUAUCUGCGGCGGAUCUCUUCUCACGCCCAGCUCUGUGCUGAGUGCAGCACAUUGUGUGCAUGGUGCUCAGGCCAAGGAUUACACUGUCCAUGCGGGUGCCAGUCGCCUGGACGAAGCUGCUCCCGUCGUGCGUAACGUGGCCGAGUUUCACAUCGCACCCGAUUACGCUCCGAGCAAUUUUGACAUGGAUGUGGCCAUACUGCAGUUGGCAUCGCCAGCUGCUCUCUACGCUGGUCAAGUGGCCACCAUUUCCCUUUGUCGCACGCCUGCCGCCAAUAAUGCCUUUGUUCGCAUCAGCGGAUGGGGCGUCACUCGCGAAAAUGGUCGCGAUCCUGCGGCACAGGUGCGCACCACAACGGUCCGUGUGCUGCCCCAGCUGGAGUGUCAACUGGCCUACGCUGGCCAGGCACAGCUCAGUGAUUCGAUGGUCUGUGCUGCCAUUCGCGGUAUUCGAGACUCAUGCUCGGGGGACUCGGGUGGUCCUUUGGUCUAUCGUGGCCAACUCUGCGGCAUUGUCUCAUGGGGAUUCGGUUGUGCGCGAGCUGCUUAUCCGGGUGUCUACACCAGCGUAGCCAGUCCUCGAGUCAAGAGUUUCAUUGAGCAAACGCUUAGAAAGCUGCAGGGUUAAUAGCUGAAAAUUACAGCUAGGUUUUGUUUUCUAAAUCAUUCCACUUAUUCGUUUAACUUUUUUGAAAUAUAUAUGUCAUCAAUGAUACAAUAUCUCAUUUAUAUUAUUUAUUUUUUCAACCAUUAUAAUAAUUGUUGGACUCAGCGGCGUAUUAUUAAACAUUUUACGAGUCGUUGACUUUGCAUAUAAGAAUGAGUAUUUAAAUUUUGG